GUUUCUUUUUAUAAAAGAAUUAACAGGUAUUGAAAAUUUACAGACAUCUAACAACUUGCAUCUUAGUACUGGGUAUAUGAAAAUAAACAUGCAAUAGGGCUACAGCAGUGUUACCAGAUUCAAACUUAGCAUAUUAGCAUCAUCGAAAAAUAGAUAAGAAUUAAACGUGCAUAUUUGACUGGAUGCUAUAGAUACUCAUUUUGACGCUUUUACGAUUAAUUCAAUACAACGAUGGAUCUUCGUAUACCAUGUCGUACUACCCAAUUGUAAAACAAUUGCAGUGUUCAGCGUAAAUCGAUAACCUAAAACCUUGGGCCUUUUAUAAAAAAAUUGAAACAAAUGGAUAUCAAACUAACACCCCGACUCAGUACUAAUGAUUUUAUCAAUGAAAUAAUCGAAACCGAUUCUAAAUUACCUGACAUUUGCUUAACUAGAAGCAGUAGUAACGAAGAUGACAUUCAACACGUAAACGGAGCAAAUUCAAGCGGAUACAACUCGAAUUCAACUCUAGACGAGCAGCAAGAAACACAAGAUUCCCUUCCUACUAAUCACAAGAAUAACAGCGGAGGAAGUCUAGAAAGUGGAAGCAGGAUAUCCAAUGACGAUAGUGCAAUAAGUUUAACGCUUGAUUUUACUAAUGAAGAUCAAGAUCAAGAUCAAAUACCUACGACUCAGGAAACGUUGUUAGGACAGACCAAUGAUACUGAUAAAAAUAUCAAACAUUCACCAUCAACUCAAAAUACAUGUUUGAGAUUGAGGCAUUGGUUAUUCCUGUCAUUAACUGUUAACUUUUUGUGCAUCGUAUCCAUUAGUGUUGUCUUCAGUUUACCUCGUAAAACAGGCCAUAUAGAAACCUUAUGUGUUCUGGAAAGUAACAAACCCCCAUUGUGUUCAAAUUUUUCAUCAGCACAUCUUCAGUAUUUAGUUCACGUCAUGCAAAUUAAAGACAAUCAAAGUCUACCUUUAGGAGCUGCACAAACCUACAUUUCCUUCCACAGUAAUAAAGGCGAUAAGGAAAAUGGCAUUAUUCCAAGCGCUUUGAUGAACAGUACAAAAUCGGCACAUCGUCUUGUAACAAGAAAAGAAAUUUUGUCAUUUCACGACAACAAAAUAAUUAUCCGAAAAACAAACACAUACUUUGUAUCCGUCCAGUUGCUGUUCAAGCGAGAAUCAAGGUUGAAUCACACGAUUCAAGACAAUGUCGAUGUAACAUUAAUGAAGAAAAACAGACUAGACAAUGUUUAUCUUUUGUCUAAAACACUUCCAAUUUGUAAUGGCAGUCAAACUCUUCAGACCGUUCGAAUAGUUGAAUAUUUUAAACUGAAGAAAGGUGAUGAAAUUAGCAUAUUGGUGUCGAAACCUAAUUUGGUCUAUAAAUGUCCCACUUGUAAUAUGGUUACAGUAAUUGAGAUCAAAUGAAAACGGUACAAAAUAGGAAAUUGAACUUUUAAAAAUCAUAUGGAUAUAGUUGUCUAUGCUAUUGCAUUUCAAGCAUACAAUUGCCUGAGAACAUGUAUUUGAGUCUAUGCAAAUGUUUUACUUAUUAAGUGAAAAGGAUAUGCAUUUUAUUUGAUCAUUUGUUAAAAUGUGCUUUUUUAAAAGGUAUUGUUUGCUUAAUUUCUAGUCGUAAAGCAUAUGUAAACCAGUAGAUAUACCAAGAGAACACAUAUGAUAAACGAUAUCAAAGAUUGUACAUUUAUUAUUUUAUUUGUUAUAAUUAUAUUUUGUUUGUCACAUUUGAAUGAACUAGUCUUCCUAUAUGCCAUUUCAUAGGAACAAUCGUUAUAAAAACCAGGACAUAUGUAUUUUUCAUAGAAGGACCAUUCAGAUAUUUUGUACAUUGUUGUCCAAUCACAGAAGUAUCAGAACCAUCACAGGAAAUGCAAAAUUUGUAUAUAAUCAAGACUUCUUCAAGGGCAGCUUUUACAUCUAUUAAAUGGCAUUUGUUAUAUAUGUUAUUUUGUUUAUUAAUUUUAUUUAUUGUUGAUGAAAUGUUUGUUUUUAGUUUAUUCAUUGCUCAGUUCGUAGAACAAAACAAAAACAUUUUGUUUCCUUCAAAAGGUUGUUAAGAAUGUAAGAAAUACUUUUUUUAAUUCAUACAACUGUUACAAAUGUUGUUUAAAAAAAAAUAUCCGAUUGGUUACAAAAGUGGUUUAAUCAUUACUCAUAUUGCAAUUUUUAAACUACAUGCAAGUACAAAAAAAGAAGUUAAUCAUAGGAAACAUUCCUUGUGUAGUUGUUAUGUAACUUUUCAAGGUAUAAUGACAUCAUACUGAUAUUUAAAGUCCAAAAGUAUAUUUGAGGAAUAGAAAAGAAUUGUUUAUUGUUUCAUUAUUAAAAGGUGAUAUCUUCCUAGUUGACGUCAUCCAAAGGAAACCGAAAGAAUUCUUUUCGUAUGAACCAACAGGAUAGCAGAGAUUUAAAUCAGGUUCAAUGAUUAGCGAUGUUUGACACGUUAUCUGUUACCGAAUAGCUAUACAGUUACGCUUUAUAUAGAAAUUUAGAAAUAUGAUGUAUAAAUAAAAUAGUUUAUAUUU